GAAGAACCGCCAUCAUCGUAUUAUGCUUAGGUUUCAAAGCAAUUUCGCGCGGGAGAUAAUACUCUGAAUUUAUUUCUCAGCUAGUGAAAACUUAAAUCCUAAAAUGGCUGAUCAUGAUCUCGAAUUGGAGAAAGCUCGAUUGCUAAGCUUGGCCCUCGAAUUCGGCUUCGAUCAAGAUUCAGCAAACAAGUGCUUGGAUCGUCUGGUCCAGCUUUACGGUGAGGAUGGCAGUGAUUUUAUCACUGUGGAGCACUGUGGGGAUGAUUUUCUUGUGGCGCUCGCUGAAUCUAUGGAGGACAGCGAGGAGUGGGAUAAUGUGCAGGAUGCUGGAAUGGAAGCUCCUGCAGUUCUGGAAAAUUUGUUUGAGGACCAAGUUAUCAAUAAUAGCAAAGAAGAUAAUGGACUGAGGGGUGAUAGGGGUAUUUAUGUGAUUGAAGAGUCGCCUUUAACCCAGAAAAACCAAAAAUUUGUGGAUUUGGGUUCUUCCAGUGAUAGUGACUCAGAUUUUAGAAUUGGGAAAAGAAAAGGUGUUGAGAAUACCCCCUAUCCUCGUUCUGAUUUGCGUAGUUUUGGCUUUCCUCAGAGUUCAGGGAAGUGUUCUUCAGGGUCUUUGGACUGUAAGAGCAGCUUAACACAAGGUUCAGUUUUGACAUUGCAUAAUGAAGAACAGUGCCUGAGGACUUCCAAAGAUGAAACUGAUAUUCUCAGUUAUGAAUCAUUACAGGCUUUGGAUGACCUUGAAUUGGCAAAUGUUGUGAUUUUUGGUAACAGGACAUUUCGCCCUUUGCAGCAUCAGGCUUGUAAAGCGGCUAUGGAAAACCGAGACAGCUUCAUUCUUAUGCCUACUGGAGGUGGUAAAAGCUUAUGUUACCAGCUUCCAGCAACACUAAAACAAGGCGUAACCGUUGUCAUAUCUCCACUGCUUUCCCUUAUUCAGGAUCAAAUAGGCGCACUGAACCACAAGUUUGGUAUUCCUGCAACCUUUUUAAAUUCUCAACAAUCUGCUUCCCAAGCAGCCAUAGUCCUCCAAGAACUAAGGCAAGAUAAACCAUCAUUCAAACUUUUGUAUGUGACUCCUGAGAGAAUUGCUGGUAACCAAACGUUUUUUGAGGACCUUAAAUGCCUCCAUCGAAAGGGACAAUUAGCAGGGUUUGUUGUUGACGAGGCUCACUGUGUGAGCCAAUGGGGACAUGAUUUUCGCCCAGAUUACAGAGGACUGGGUUGUCUCAAGCAGAAUUUCCCACAAGUUCCUGUGAUGGCUUUAACUGCCACAGCAACCGAUCCAGUUCGGAAGGACAUAUUACAAGCUUUAAGAAUCCCCCGUGCACUUGUCCUUAAAAGAAGCUUUGAUAGACCUAAUUUGAAAUACGAAGUAGUGGGUAAGACCAAAGAACCACUGAAGCAGCUUAAACAGCUCCUGAUUGAUCGUUUCAAGAAUCAGUGUGGAAUAAUAUACUGUCUUUCAAGAAGUGAAUGUGUAGACGUUUCAAAAUUCUUGAAUGAAAAAUGUAACAUUAAGACGGUGUAUUACCACGCUGGUAUGACCCCUUCCCAGAGAGUUUCUGCUCAAAACAAGUGGUAUCAAGGAGAGGCACAUGUGGCGUGUGCCACUAUUGCUUUUGGGAUGGGAAUAGACAAACCAGAUGUUCGAUUUGUCAUCCACAAUACAAUGUCAAAAGCAAUAGAAAGCUAUUAUCAAGAAUCUGGAAGGGCAGGAAGAGAUGAUCUUUCAGCAGUAUGCAUUCUCCUUUAUCAGAAAAAAGAUUUUAGUCGAGUUGUAUGUAUGUUGCGGAACGGGCAAGGAUAUAAAAAAGAUAGCUUCAAGAGAGCAAUGAGUCAAGCUCAGACAAUGAAAGAGUACUGCGAGCUUAAGGACCAGUGCCGGAGACAAACAUUAUUGAAACACUUUGGAGAGUCUUUCGACGAAAAGAAUUGCAAGAAUGGAUCUAAUCCUUGUGAUAACUGUCUCAAGAGUUGUUCUUCAUGAGCAUAUGCACGUGAAAUUAUUUGUGUAAAGAGAGGUAUGCAAUGAUUCAUUGGCUAGCCUUGUCCUUCAAGUAUAUGUCUGGUUAAUUCUGGCCCCAGUACAGGAGGAGGACAUAAUAGAGAGUGCCUCACUUCACUUUCUUCUUUCGAAAGGCUCCAAAGCUUGUCCAGUUGUCCGUUUUAGACGUUCCUGGAGGAAUAUGGACGCUUUUGUAAUUUGACGCAUAAUGUGUUCACUACAUUAAAGACAAAUACACGAUAUAAUUCAUAUUUUA